CAGAGCGGAAGUGCCGAGAGGAAGCAGCAGCGACCGCAGCUCUGGUGCCGCUCAGUUUGACUCUAAAGGCGGAUAAAGCCAAUUAUAAUGUCGGGAUUUGACUCCAACCCGUUUGAAGAUUCAGUCGACGUCAAUCCCUUCCAGGAUCCGUCUGUCACGCAGGUGACCAACUCUGGAAUCGAUCACAUUGAAAGUUUCAAUCCAUUUCCUGAUGGCAACUCUGUGACGGCCGCCGUCCUGCAGCCGUCAGUGGAGCCGCGUCCAAAGGCCGUGGCUGCAGCUGCGCAGGGCAAUCUGCUCAAACAGCAGGAGGAGCUGGAGAGGAAAGCAGCCAAGCUGGAGCGACGAGAACAAGAGGUGCAGAGCAGAGGAGCGCUGACAGGCAAACCGAACAACUGGCCUCCUCUUCCCAAAUUCUUUCCCAUCAAGCCUUGCUUCUACCAGGACUUCUCUGAGGAGAUCCCGCAGGAAAAUCGGAGACUCUGCAAAAUGAUCUAUUACCUGUGGAUGUGGCAGUGUGUGACGCUGUUUCUGAACAUUCCGGCCUGUCUAGCUGAGUUCACCACUAGCACAGACGCAGGCGUGGACUUCGGUCUGUCCAUCCUCUGGUUCAUCCUGUUCGCUCCCUGCUCCUUCCUCUGCUGGUUCAGACCCGUCUAUAAUGCCUUCAGGUCUGACAGCUCCUUCAAUUUCUUCGUCUUCUUCUUCGUUUUCUUGGCUCAGAUCGUCGUGUCUGUGAUUCAGAGCGUUGGCAUCCCUCGAUGGGGCAACAGCGGCUGGAUUAGUGCCAUAGCAGUGAUUGGCAAAAACAAAGUGGUGGGUGUCAUCAUGAUGGUGGUGGCGGCCUUCUUCAUGGCCACUGCUGCACUGUCGGUCAUUUUACUGAAAAUGGUUCAUGCCCACUACCGUCGCACCGGUGCCAAUUUCCAGAAGGCACAGCAGGAAUUCUCCCAAGGCGUCGUCACGAACCACACCUUCCAGACCGCAGCCGCCACCGCAGCCACCACAGCCGCCCAAAGCUCUCUGCAGAGGAACUAGAACCAGAAAGCACCACCGAGAUCCUGCAUCUCUUCCCUCACUGUCCCAGCGGCCCACACAGAACCCAAAGCCCAGCUCCGCUCACCUGCUUUGGUUCUGGAUCUCGAUUUGGACUGCAGAGGCACUACUUUCGUGUUUAUUUUUUUGUUUGGAAGCAAAAGGUAUGAAGUUCAUCAGUGUGUUUGUAUAUUUGUACGAGUGCAGAAAUUGUGUCCUGUAUCCUUUUUGACCUUGGUUAUGCUGUAUAUAAAGUAAUUGAAUAUUUCCCCGUCGUCCAUAGUGGUACAGGAGUCUCUUUAAAUUAAAAAAAAUUAUCAUGAAGGAUCUCAAAACCUUUUAUGUGUAUGUCAUGAGAGUUUAGGGGCCUCAUUUAUAAAGCGUGCAUACGCUCAGAUUUGAUCUUAGAGUGUGCGUACGCUUAAAUCCACGCCAGCGUAAAAACGGUCUUUGAUGUGGAAAAGUGCUUAUUUGAUUUCCUGAAAACAUUCUGCACUCCAUAUUAGUGCCAAAAAAUAAUGAUAUGCGCCCAGAAUUCCGUGGAGGCGUAGCCAUGUUUGCAUAAUUAGAAUCUUGACAACCUCGGAAUCUUGACGGACACAGAACAUUACUGUUAUUGUCUUAAUCGUAAGACUGAAGGUGGGAUGUGUUUUUUGAUAACCGUAUAGAGCAAUGUUUUUUCCUCCCAUGUGUACAAGCUUAUUUUAGGCUACUGAUUGUAAACAGUCAAAUCAGAAUACUUUGAUUAGUACUCGGACUUAAAUUUACAUGGGUGAUUUUUUUUAGCUUUAGUAAGCCCUAACUUUUGAAACCAAUGGGUAAAAUGGUUUGCCAUACAAAAUGCCACUUUCUGGAAAGGGUUAUAUAAUUUUGUCAGAUGAGAUCCGAAGAUAUUUUUCAACAGUGUAACAACCAAACAAAGUA